AUGACAUCAGAGUACUCCUUGGAAUGGAAAUAUAUACCAGUCACAGGUAGUUUGAUUGAUCAAAAUUCAAAUAAAGUUAUAUGGGAUCUCAAAUCUGAAGAUUCGAAGUGGCCAAAAUAUUUAUUUACAGUCUCUAUUUCUUAAUAAAAAGAAUUCAUGUCUGAUCCUGAACUUGGAUGGAAUUGGCAUAAAUCAUGGAACUUACCUGACAUUAAUUACACAAUAAAUGUACUGACUAUUCAUGUAUAAAGUUUAAAAACAAUGAUACUACUAUGAGAGACUUUAGAGGAGGGAUUUUAGAAGUGUAAUUGUUUGUAAUCAAAAAGGGACUUAUUGCAAAUCAAUAUAUAAGUCUAGGAUUAAAUGGAAAUAGUAAAUAGGCAUUAUUUGAACCUUCUAUAACAUUUAGUGGAUUGAAAUUUGGAACCACAUCUUAUAAUAAUAAAGUAAUUUAGAAAUUUAAGUUUUUAAGCAUUCCAAGUUUAACUUGAUAUUUGUGUUAUUUUAUUCCAGAAAAGAGGAAGUAUUGAUCUUAGAUUCAUAAAUAUCUUCAGAUGUGUUUGUUGACUCUAGAAAUAGAAGUAAUCAUAAAAAUGGAGAAAUAUCUUAAGAAAUGUUUAUAGAUUUAUUUCCACCUUUAUUAAUUGAUUAAAUAUUGUAUAAAAGAGAAAAUGAGAAAUAACUCUCAAAAUUUAAUUAGAUUGAUAAUUCACUCCAAGGUUUUAUUAAUUAUUAUACUUCUCCUAAUAUUAGGAAUAAGAUUAAGCAUCCUCUGUUUAUGAUAAUGAGAUUUUCUAAGUGUAUUAAAUUAUUCUUAAUUGCUGAUUUUAUAAAAAAGUCAUAGAGUGUUUUAAUGCAAGUGUUAUCUCAUUUAAAUUAGGUCAAAUAACAAUUAAACCAGUCAAAAGAGAUGAAACUAUUAAUAAACAUUGAAAAUUCUAAUUAAAAUACAUUAAAGAAAGUAAAUAUUUAUAAUUAAAUUUUAGGUUCUAGAUAUAAUUAAAUAGUUGGAGAAUAAUUAUUAUGAAAUAUGUAUUCAAAGGAGUAACAUCCCAUCAAACUCAGUAGAAAUAACAGAUAUCUGCUCUUUAACAAGUGAAUACAAAAGGAAAUACAAACGAUUUAUAAAUCAUGCCGAAAAUCAAAAAUAUAAUGAAAAUUCCAAUACUUCAAAGACCCAAAAGAAAAAGUUAAAGUACACUUAGAAAAACCAUCAAAUAUAAUAGAAUUAAGGAUAAAUUAAUUUAAUAUCAUAAAAUAAAUAAUAAAAUUAAGAUGAUGAACAAAUAAAUAAAGAAUACUAAGUUAAAGAAGAAAGAGACUUAGAAAUGAAUCAAUAAAAGGUAUAAGAAAAAAAUAUUAUUUCAAAAGAUAAGUAUUUUAAUAUUUAUACUUUAGAAAUUUGUUUAUUCACCCUUAUAUGA